AUGAGCAAAAAGUUCCUAGCGAGAUUUAUAAAUCGAAAUCCGCGAAACUUGGAGAUGAUGGGAUUGCAACCGAAGCCUUUGGGAUAUGGCCUUGAAGUUGAUCGUCACCGACGUUCGUUCAUAUACAAAGCGCUGCUUUUACAUCAUCGGACGUAUCUAGAAGCGCAGUUAAUUCAUUACAAAGAUGGUGUGGUAUUACAGGCGUUGUCGAACGAGAAGUCAGUGGAGGCACAACUUUACAGUAAGACUGAUACGUGUGCUGCAAUGAAUCUUGGUCGAAUUUUGGCCCUGCGGUGUUUGAUGUCUGGGAUUCAUUUCGCUAUUGUAGGUAAUAGUGAAGAAGAAGUCGGACGAAGCACACACCUGGCAGAGUUUUACAAAGGCUUGGAAGAAGGCGGAGUUACUUUGAAGGAGCCUGAUCAUAUUGAACACAGUUACGAAAAUGAUAGGCAAUUCACUUAUGAUAGGAUUGAUAUCCACCACAACAAGCAGGACAAAACUGAUGAAUAA